GUCGAAAGGCCCCGAACACGCUCGUCAGCGGUCGGGCGGGCUCGGCGGCGUUCGGCUCGGCGGUCCCCCCUGCCCGCAGGACCCCCCUCAGGCGCGCCCGGGGGGGGGCGGCGGGGCGGGCUCGGCCACCCCCGGCCCCGCGCAUGGAGCACAGCGACGGCGACCCCGCCGCCAGACAGCUCGACUUGCCCGCGGGACCGGGGCAGCAGCAGGAGCCGUCGCAGGCAGCGAAGGGGGAGGCGGAGCCCGAGGAGGAGGAGGAGGCGGUAACGGUGAUGGCGGCAGGCGCCGAGCACAUCGAGAUGGGAGCAGCGCCAAUGCCAAGCGCCGACGAGGCCGCCGCCGCCGCUGCCUUCGCAGAAGUCACCACAGUGACAGUGGCCAACGUGGGGGCCUCUGCAGACAAUGUUUUCACCACAUCUGUGGCCAAUGCAGCUUCAAUUUCAGGACAUGUGUUGUCUGGGAGAACAGCCCUCCAAAUUGGGGACAGCUUGAACCCUGAGAAAGCCACUCUGAUAGUGGUGCACACGGAUGGCAGCAUCGUCGAAACCACCGGGAUCAAGGGGCCUUCGGCGCCUCUCACACCAGGACCGCAGUCUCCUCCCACCCCUCUGACGGCUGUCCAGGGGAAGAGCGGAACCAAGUACAACUGGGACCCGUCUGUGUACGAGAACGAGCUCCCGGUGCGGUGCCGCAAUAUCAGUGGCAUUCUGUACAAGAACAGGCUGGGCUCAGGAGGCCGGGGCAGGUGCAUUAAGCAAGGGGACAACUGGUACAGCCCCACGGAGUUCGAAGCCAUGGCGGGGCGAGCCAGCAGCAAGGACUGGAAGAGGAGCAUCCGCUACGCCGGGCGGCCCCUGCAGUGCCUUAUCCACGAUGGGAUUUUAAAUCCCCAUGCUGCCUCGUGUACUUGUGCCGCUUGCUGUGACGACAUGACCCUGAGUGGCCCUAUACGACUCUUUGUGCCAUAUAAAAGGCGGAAAAAAGAAAAUGAAAUACCUGCAACUCCAGUGAAGAAGAAUUGCUCCAAAAACAUCACUCUGCUUCCAGCCACUGCUGCAACUACGUUCACCGUGACUCCCUCUGGACAGAUCACAACCUCCGGGGCGCUGACCUUCGACCGCGCGUCCACCGUGGAGGCCACGGCCAUCAUCUCAGAGAGCCCAGCACAGGGGGAUGUUUUCUCUGGAGCCACUGUUCAGGACACCAACGUCCAGCAGCCUUGCCGGGUGUCUCAUCCAGAGCCUCACUAUCCCAGUUACCAGGACAACUGCCAGAUCUCACCUUUCCCUGAGGCUGCACUGCCAACGUCUCAUCCCAAAAUCGUGUUGACCUCUCUGCCUGCCCUGGCAGUGCCCCCCACGAUGCCCACCAAAGCCAUGUCGCCGUCGGUGGUGAACGGGCUGGAGGUGACGGAGCAGCGGAGCUGGCUCUACCUGGAGGAGAUGGUCAACUCCCUGCUCAGCACAGCACAGCAGCUGAAGACUCUGAUUGAGCAGGCCAAGCAGGCCAGCUCCUCCUUCCGUGAGGCUGCUGUCACACAGGCCAAGAUCCAGGCUGAUGUGGAGAGGAAAGAGGGUCGUGGUUUGUUGGGCAAAUUUCAAGACAGAGGAUCUCCUUCAAAUUUUGUUUCCAUCUUUCCCGCAAGUCAUUUUGAUGCCCCCGGCAAUACCAGAGCCAGUUAUUCCAACAAACAGAGGAUGUGGAUGGAAAGACAGAAAUCAUCAUCAAGCAAUCCUGCGUCAACUGCGGACGGGAGGCCACCAACGAGUGCACAGGAUGCCACAAAGUCAACUACUGCUCCACGUUCUGCCAGCGGAAGGACUGGAAGGACCACCAGCACAUCUGUGGCGAGUCAGCCACGGUGACAGUGCAAGGGGCUGAGGUGCACGUCCCGGACAAUGUCAUGGAGAAGGUCACCGUGUGAGUGCGCUACCUCCGCAGCCGUUCAUGGACACGCGGGGCCGGCUGGAUCGGCGACCGGCGGGAACGGUCUGUCCUGUGCCAACAGCACUCUGCUCACUAGCAGACUCAUUUUUCAUUGAUUUUUUGAUACUGUGACAGCACUUGCCUAUUCCCAAUCCCCUUCCAAAACUUUGGAUAAUACAGAGACUGUGAAAACUUCAUCUGGAACCCUCUCCCUUCCGUCCCAGCCCCGACUGGCUUUGGGAGGCUUUGCCUUUGCCUGACUGGAUCCUCCACCAUGUGGAUUACAGCAGUCUCCUCAUCUCUCAUGAGAUGGAUCUGAAGCAGGUGCUGCAAAGAGAUCUGCCAAUGCUUCCUCCUACUGGGGCCUCCCUACCUCUCAUUAGAGAAGAGAAACAAAUCUUUGCUUGGUUUAUUUAAUUGCCUUGACAAAGUCGGUACAAGUUCUUGGUUUGGCAUUGAAAGGAUUUUUGGGUUUCCCGUGUUCCCUCUGUGCUGUGCAAAUCUGGAACACAUUGGACUUCUCCACUUAAAUAUAGUUGAAAAAUAACAUGUUGUUAAAUAAAAUGCGAUGAAAGCA